CUCGGCCAGAUCAAGACAACUUGACGACACACGGGGCACUUUGUUUAUUCCUGCGGCGGAGAAGCACCUUCACUCAUCUGCUGACUGAGUUUUGACGUCCAAAACACAGACUGAGCUCCAGAAUGAAGCUCCUGCUCGGUGUGGCGGUCCUGGUGGUGACUCUGGGGGUCCUUUACUCUACCCCAGAGGAGAGACCCUCAGGCAUCUCAGAGGACACCUUAAAACAGCUGUCAGAGAAUGGCGAGAAACUUGUGGAUGAGGAGGUGAAGAGGGCAUUGUACGGCGUGAAGCAGAUGAAGGAGGUGAUGUGGAGGAACGAGCAGAAGCACGAACACCUCAUGAAGUCCCUCCAGCACAGCAGCGAGAAGAAGAAGGGUGCAGCCCAACUGGCGAAGGAGGUCACUGAGAAGCUGGAGGAGGCGGAGGAGCAGUGUAAAGACUCCCUGCAGUCUGAGUGGGAGGAGUGCAGACCCUGUCUGGAGGAUGCAUGUAAAACCUUCUACACCUCCACCUGCCGCAGGGGAUUUGCCACUUUCCAUGCCAAGGUGGAGAAUUUAUUUCGCAGAGUGUCCAGGCGCUUUGGCCCCCGUGAGCCUAGCAUCGAUGCAGGGGACAUCCUGGUGAAUCAGGGCCCUGACAGCACCGACACUGAGGUUGUCCGCAUCGAGGACUCCUUCAACCGCCUGAUCAGCAAGGUGGGAACGCUGGUGGAGCGCAGCAUCGCCCUGGUCUCCAGGAUGGGCACCAGGCUCGACAAAGUCCUCCAGAGGGCCUUUCUGAAUGACACCGCCAUCCUGACGGAGGAGACCCCCACUGAUCCCUACAACCCCAGCCGGGACUCGGGCUUCCUGCAGGGUGUGGGAUUGGAGGAGGUGCUGGACUCCUUCUUUGACUUCGGCAGGAGCGUGGUGGACGAGUUUGGAGCUGUGGUGACCCAGGUGUUUGAUGACCUCCAUGGGGCAGUGGAAGAAGAGAAGAAGAGAGUGAGAGAAAGUUUCCCUCGUUUCCUGCGGAACAGGAAGUUGUGCCGAGAUCUUCGCAAACAGACCUCAGAGUGCUGGCAGCUGCAGAACCAGUGCGAGACCUGCCAGGGAGCCCUGCUCACAGAGUGCCCCAGCGUCCGGGAGCUGCAUGUGGAGCUGGACGAGGUCUCCCAGCUGCUGGAUGUGUCCAAAGAGCAGUAUGAAGAGAUCUUGUCUAUUGUCCAGCGCCACACUGAUGAAACAGUCAGCUGGCUUAGCAACAUGGCGGCGGAGUUCAGCUGGGUGGCUCUGGCUGCGAGCAACAGCAGCACUCCUGAAAACAUCUUCCGUGUCACCAUGGUGGCGCCAAAGAGCCAUGAUGAACAGAAUGUCUCUGUGACUGAGACCAGGGUGGAGGUAAACAUCCUGAACUCUCCCCCGCUCAUCCUGUCUGUUCCCGGGGAGCUGGAGCUGCAGGACCCAGCCUUCAUCCAGUAUGUGGCCCAGGAGGCUCUGAACAAGUACAAGGAGAUGGUCAGGUAUGAGGAUGAGUAAAACUCUGCUGUCUCCUUUUUAAACUUCUAUCAGCACUUUCUUCGUGAACAGAACUAGAUCGUGUUCCUGAAUUGUAGCAUAAUCUUGCUGAAAUGUAAAUACACUAAAGUUUAACCAUGUCAAUCACUGCUAUUUAUUGAAUGUAAAAAGAAAUUGUACUUUGUACCUGCCGUCACUGGUGUAAAUAAAUACGAUAAAAUACAAUAAAACAAGUAAAAUAUGAGUAGGAGCGACUUAAAAGUGGCUAAAACAGUGAAAUGCAGACGUGUUCCACAAGAGGAGCCUUGAAUGGUCUGUAAAUGCUUCACUGGGUGUUAAACUGAAUCUGAUCGAGGAUCGUUGUCGCGUGUCGAGAACGAAAGAAUUAAAGGAAACACUUGAGUAAAACUUUUAUUUUUCUGUACAAAAUCAUAUUAGUUACCAUUCUCAUUAAUUUCAUUAUCU